CACUCAUCUUCUAGAGGCGGAAAAGUUAUUGUUCAAAUAUAGGUUUCCGUAAUCUAAUGUUAGGUAUCACAGCUAGCAGCUAGUACUCAAUGCGUAUCCUGUAAUGACAACGUUACCUAGCUAGUGAAGUGAAGAUAUCCGUUCGGAGAAGCAGAUACCAUGGUCGCAGCACAAUCAGCAGUGAUGUUUGCAGUAUGCAUCCUAAUGAUAACAGAGCUUAUCCUGGCCAGAAAAGACUACUAUGACAUUCUUGGUGUGCCUAAAGAUGCUACUGAACGCCAGAUAAAGAAGGCAUUUCACAGGUUGGCGAUGAAGCUCCACCCUGACAAGAAUAAAAGCCCUGAUGCUGAAACAAAGUUCAGGGAAAUCGCUGAGGCCUAUGAAACACUGUCUGACGAGAAGAGGAGACAGGAAUAUGACCAGAUGGGACACAAUGCUUUCUUCAGGGAAGCCACAGGAGCUGGGCGUGGAGGAGGAGGGCAACACUUCCAUCACACAUUUGACUUUGACGACAUGUUCCGGGACUUUGACCCGUAUGCCCAAAACCGUCAUGCCCACCACAGGCGGCACUUUGAGGAACACCUGCGCACCCACCAGCAGGCUCACCAACAGGCGCAGGGCCAGGGGCGCCACAAGCGCCACUUCCAGGGAGGCUUCGGGGCCGGCCUCUUUGAUGACAUGUUCGAUGACAUGGAGAAGAUGUUCACCUUUGACAAACAAUCCAAGCGGACUGAGAGCCAGUUUCAGGGAACAACCAAACAACAGUGUAGGACAGUGACACAGCGCAGAGGAAAUAUGGUGACCACUUACACAGACUGCAGUGGGUCCUGAUGGAAUGGGUGAAAACAUCUGCUUUCCUGGAGUUAAACUCUUUGUGGGGAAGGUCUUUGGAGUUCCUAGGUUCUUUAGGUUUGCUGCUGUGAAAUGAGAGUGAACUUAAUAGUUCUUUUGUAGUAGAAGUAUAAGCUGCCUAACAAAGUUGGAGGAGAACUUGGUCAUGGUGCAUUUAAUGUUAGUCAUGUCUUUAUAAGCGACAUAGCUGGACAGAUAUAGGGUUCUGCAAGUUUGUUUGAACCUUUAUACAGGGGACUGUGCAGAUGGUCAGAGAAAAGAACGUUUGUUUACAAUGUGUCUCAAAAUAGUAGGGACAGUAUGAGAUGACACUCCCGUUUGUCAUGUAUCACCUGUUUGUCGAGAGAGAGGUCCCAGACUUCAGCAUGCUUCACUGACAACACUGGUCUGGGUAAACCAGUCACAACCUAGUGAACCUCAACUUUGACCCAACCUAGCUGAAUGUUACAAUGGUAUUGUUCCUUCUGUAGUUCAGAAGGAAAUCUUGGACUACUCAAAUUAGACCAAAACUUUAGUUUCACCUAUAUGGUGUUGUUAAAUGAAUGUCUUGCCAGCUAUUUGUGCAUUAUUUUCAAUUUUCAAGCUAAUUGAACUGACUUUUUUAUAUAUAUAAUUUACUGACAGAUUUUUGAGUUGUUCCAGGAUCACAUGCACAUAUUUUACGAAGUGGAGCAGUUAUGGUAUAUUUUAUUUGUUAUUUAUGUUAUAUUCAUGCCUUCUCAAUUUGUUCUUCCUUGCUUAAAGGAACGAGCCAAUAUUUUGGGGAAAUUAUCUUAUUUGCGAUGUACCCCAGAGUUAGAGUAGAUGAUUUUAAUAUCAUACCAUUCUCUUCUCUGUGUGUUCAAUAGGCUAAAACAGUAUGACACCUUCAUUAGCCUAGCUUAGCAUAAUAUACUGGAAGUGGGUCAUAGUGAGCCUGUAGCUCUCAAGUAGACUUCCUAACAACUCCAACAUGUUUUUAUGUAGGUGUUCCAACUAGUGUGUAUUUACCACAUGCAUAAAUGACCAUGUAAAAUGAGUAUGAAAAUUAGUAUUUAUCCAAUUAGAAAAUUGUGUGUCUCAUUUUGCAUAGUUAUUUCUACGUGGGGUAAAUACACACUAGUUGGAACACCUAAAUAAAACCAUGUUGGAGUUGCUACAGUAGGAGUCUGUUUUGUCUCUUUUGGGAGCUAUAGGCCAACCGCUGUAGCCCACUUCCCGUAGGUGUCAGACUGGGUUCUUGCACACACAGAGAAGAGAAGGGCAUGUCUCCUCUUCUAAAACUCUGGGGUAGAUGGCAAAUUAGAUAAUUUCCCAAAAUGUUGUUGUUCUUUUAAUUGAAGUAUGAGGGUUUGAAGGAGCUAGGAGGGUUUAGCAAUUCUGUUGAAUAGCCCAACACGUUUGUACCAAAUUGCUGCUCUGGUUUGCUCUGAAUACUGCUCUGGUCAUUUAGAAUAAUACUUUUAUGUUUGAUUGGUUGGUUAUACAUGUGUUCUGUGUUACAGAGGUGCCUUUUUCUGCAAAAUGAACUUAAUUUUUAAAUGUUACACAAUUAAGGUUACUCCCAAAAAGUUCAAAAUACAAUGCAGUAUGACUGCAAAGUAGGCUCAUUGCAUAGCUGCCUUUGCUUCUUUAGAUUUGAAAAAUAUAUAUUUUACUUGUCUCAAUUUUGGAUUUCUCACUUUAAAAUGUUCUACUAUGUGCACCAUAUUGAUAAUAAGCGCUCUCAAAUUGCUGUAUUUUGUUUUCUUUGUUUACUGUAUUAUUUUCAAACAUAGACAUACCUCCAUAGGCUGAUUUUCUUUUGAAACGAGAUGUACUGUAAACCCACAGAAAUCAGAAUGUAAGUUAAGUUGUACCUUAUUCAUGAUUUGGUGAAUAGGGGCCACAUUGGCCACAUGUGAAUGGGUUAUGUACUUUACUCCUUGACAUAUCACCCGUUACCUCAUUGUUUUGUGUUAUUUGUGAAUGUGCAAUAUUUAAGUGCCAGCUCCCUUAUUCCUCUUGUUGAUACAGUACCACUUUUACUUGCUGGCCUUGUCUUUGUGAGGAGUUGAAUUUCACUUGACCUAUCUAGCACUUUCAGUAUAUUAAUCCUGUGGAUGACCUGUAAAGUAGAAUAGCAGAUUGGAGCAUUUGUAUAGUUUGGGAAUGGAAGAGAAAUAAAACCCCAGAGUAUUUGAUUUUA